CGCUGGGACAACGGAACAAAGGCGAGAUCGAACAUGGCCGACGCUAACCUCCACGACCUGGGCAUGCCAACUGCGUGGACGGAACACACCGCUCCCGACGGCCGCAAGUAUUACUACAAUGCGCAGACCCAAGAGUCCACGUGGGAUCGACCUGCUGAGCUCAACAACGGUGGCGUACAACAGUCUCCAGCUCCCGCCGCCGCUGUGACGCAAGGCGUUCAUGUUCGCCAACAACAAAAUCACGGACAUGUUGUCAAUCCCCAAGCCCAGCAACAAGGGGUUCCAGCUGCUGUGGGUCCCGCUCAAGGUGGAGUCGCGACGGGUCAACAACCUCAAUUGCACCCUUACGGCCAAACACCACAACCAUACAUUCAAGGCGGUGCCCCGUACGUCGCGCCAGGGUACCCUCAGCCUUAUGGAGCACCCAUGGGCUACCCUCCUUAUGCGCAAGGCGGAUACAUGUACCCAUACCCUCAACCUUACGGGUAUGCGCCGCAGGUUGCAGGUCCUGGCCCUCCCAUUCAAACUACGGAAAGCGGACAAGGGCCCCCUGGGUGCAAUUUAUUCGUGUUUCAUAUUCCAAAUGAUAUGACAAACCAGGACCUGUUCAACUACUUUCAGUCGUUUGGCAACGUCAUUUCGGCCCGUAUCAUGGUCGAGAAGGAAACGGGGCGUUCGCGUGGCUUUGGGUUUGUCAGCUACGACAACGCGCCGUCCGCGGAUGCCGCCAUCAAAGGCAUGAACGGGUACCAGGUCGGUCGGAAACGGUUGAAGGUGCAGCACAAGAAGGAAAAGGGCAGUGGCGGCGGCCUCUACGACGAAGACGCGGAAGAGGCGGCGUCACCAGCGCCCCAGUAAACGUGUCGGUUUUAGCGUCCUCGGGCGUGUCGUGGAAGAAGCGCGUCUGUCGGAUUGGCUCGGGCCGUGGUGGCGUUGUGCUUGAUAUGCACGUUGCAUUGUGGGGCGUUCUCUGGGAGGUGUUCGUCCGUGCGUCUUUCAUAUUGCCUGGUCUAUUUGCAACGCCGCUGUCGUCCUUGGCCGUCGAUCGAUGUAAUUCAAACGUGGCUUCGUCAUGGGCA